UGUUCACUUCAUGUUCUCAUUUAUAUAUCAGAAGGUACUCAAACACAUACAGAGAGAGAGAGACAUCUUGAAGUUGUAAAAGCAGGAAUAUUUCGAGAUGGAAAAGAAUGUCUACAGACCUCAUUGUUUGGUCUUACCAUUUCCAGCACAAGGCCAUAUUAAUCCCAUGAUGCAAUUCUCUAAGCGUUUGGAGCACAAAGGGGUAAAAGUUACAGUGGUUAUUACCAAAUCCAUGUCCAACACCAUCCAAAAAGAAGCCACCUCCAUUGCUCUCGAGACAAUCUCUGACGGCUAUGAUGAAGGCGGGUUAACACAAGCAGAGAGCGUCCACGCCUAUUUGGAGCGUUUCCGGCGAGUCGGGUUUCAAACUUUGACUGAGCUUAUUGAGAAGCUUUCUAGCUCAGGCUGCCCUGUUGAUUGUGUUGUUUAUGAUCCUUUCUUGUCUUGGGGUCUAGACGUAGCCAAAACGUUUGGCUUACUCGGGGCUGUGUUUUUCACUCAAUCUUGUGUUGUUGAUAAUAUAUACUACCAUGUCCACAAAGGAGUACUGAAACUCCCUCUCUCAGAGACUGAAAUUUUGCUUCCUGGGUCGCCACCACUCAAACCUCAGGAUUUGCCUUCCUUCAUUUAUGAUUUUGGAUCCUACCCGGCUUACUAUGACAUCUUGGUGGGUCAAUUCUCCAACGUUGAUAAAGCUGAUUGGGUCCUUGUCAACACGUUUUAUGAAUUGGAGCAAGAGGUGGUGGAUUGGAUGGGAAAGAUAUGGCCAUUGAGGACAAUAGGACCAACUAUACCAUCUAUGUUCCUAGACAAGCGACUUGAAAAUGACAAAGAGUAUGGUUUGAGCAUCUUCAAGCCCAACACCGAUGCUUGCAUGAAAUGGUUAAAUGAUCGUCCAAAGGGGUCGGUUGUUUAUGUUUCUUUUGGGAGUUUUGCCGAACUUCAAGUUGAGCAAAUGGAAGAACUAGCUUGGGGAUUGAAAAUGAGCAACAUGAGCUUCUUGUGGGUGGUGAGGGCAUUAGAAGAGUCAAAGCUCCCCAAAACUUUUGUGGAGGAGACGUCCGAGAAGGGAUUGAUAGUUCAUUGGUGUCCUCAGCUAGAGGUUUUAACUCACGAGGCCGUGGGAUGCUUUGUUACACAAUAUUGUGGAUGGAAUUCUACGUUGGAGGCCCUCAGUUUUGGUGUUCCGAUGGUUGCAGUGCCACAAUGGACAGACCAAAGCACGAAUGCAAAGUAUAUUAUGGAUGUUUGGAAGAUGGGACUAAAAGCUCCGGCUGAUGAGAAAGGGUUAGUCAGGAGGGAAGCUCUUGAACAUUGCAUCAGGGAAAUAAUGGAGGGAGAGAGAGCGGAAGAGAUAAAGAAAAAUGCUUUAAAAUGGAGGAAAUUGGCCAAAGAGGCUGUUGACGAGGGUGGAAGUUCUGACAAAAACAUUGAAGAAUUUGUAGCGAAAUUGGUUCAUUCCUAAGUCCAACAUAGAACACAUCCAUUUCCGAAGUUGCUGCUGUUUAUGACAAAUGCCGUUCAUGUAAUAAUUGUGGAUUGGUUCAAAUUAUAUAUAUCUUAGUUACUUCUUGUUCAAUAUACACACUUCAAUAAAUUUUUUAUUUUACUCUCUA